AGGUCACGUGUGGAGUCCGGGCUAGAUCUCUAGAUUUGCUAAGCAGGCGGCUGAUCGCUAACAUGGGGAAGCAUGGCUCUCGGUUUGUGUGUGGCAGGACAGUAACAGGCAAUUAGCUGGCGACUAGAGGGUGAGUAUAAGAAGAAAAACGUCUGGCAUGCGCUAGUGUCUCCAUCUUUGUCUUGCUUCGUUUACAUUAAUCUCCAACACCCCAGCAUUAGCAUACCCUUUCGAAUAUGAGAUUUGAUUCUGCAAAGACGCUCUUCAUAGCCGGUUUCACACCCGACAUCACACACGUAGCAUUGUGCACCGAGUUUGAAAAGUAUGGCAGGAUAAUUCGCUGUGAAAUCCCUCCUCUUCGUGGCAGUGAAUCGCAUCCAUACGCAUUCAUUGAAUAUGAUACGAGCACACAGGCCCAAGAAGCGUGUGCUGCCAUACAUGGCAAGACGCUGGGCAACAGCCUGGUAACUGUCCAUUUUGCUCAACGCCAGCAGCCGCCUUAUUUUCGCCGGCACCCGCACCGUUCAUACCAAAACUGCUACGACAGGGCUUCGCAGAGGGGGCGUGGGCAAAGGUACUCUGGACCGGCGAGAAAUACCCGUCGAAUGAUAUAUCAUGAUGAAUUUCCUCCAUACAGACAUCGAGACGGGUACCGGGGCGGGAGGUACCCGGGUAGGUUUCAUAGAGGGGGCAGACGAGGCAGGGGCCGGAUGCAUCCUACAAGUGAUGCCGAUGUACGCACACAAUAUAAUAAUGGCCUAGGGGAUAUGGAUGGCGAUAUUGAAGAAGGCCAAUUUGACCAUGAUCCGUCAUUUCAGGGCGAGGAACACCACGUUAGACGGAUCCGUCAUCAGGAGUCUAGCCAGAGACCAGCACACAGUGUUAAGAACCGCGGUUCGCUGAAGCCAAAUAGUAGGAAUUCUCGGAGACCCUCUGAACCGGCACUUCAGCAAAGCGUAGUCUAUGACGAUGAGCUUGAAUCCAACAGCGGAGGAGAUUACUGGCUGGAAGAUGAGGAUAGCUAUAACGAGGAUGUGCACGGUAGUGAGCGCCCUUCCCGAUACCCAACACGCCAUGUUAUAGACCCACAUUCUGGAAGCAGAUCACCGUCGCCCAUUCCCCCGAAAGAGGGCAUGGGCAGUUCGUCGAAUGCCAGAGUCCGGAACCGGCGCUCCAAUAGCACGACCCGUAGACCAGGCAGCGGCUGUCGCCCUUCUCCUAGCAGAUACAUUUCUGAUAAUGAUGAUGCGACCAUCUUGACGCCUGGACAGUCAACCAGAACCACUGCCUCAGACGAUGCCACCUCAGAGUAGUUUAAAGUGGACAAGAAAUAAGCACGAAAAAUAAUCCGUCUUCCCAUAUUUCUAACAGCACGCCCGUUUGCCCUAACCCAGCC